AUGAAAGGGCAAGUUCUAGCAGACAUCGCCACAGAAGUUCCAAUUGACAAAGUCCAAGAGUGUGAGGCAAUCCAAAACCCUGUUCCUGGUUUCGACGAUAGGGUCUGGACAGCAGGGGCAGGUCUCCGACUUGUCAGCCCGGAUGACCACGAGCUUACAUACGCCAUACGCCUAGACUUCCGAAGCACUAACAACGAAGCGGAAUACGAGGCGUUCUUAGCAGGCCUUCGCCUAGCGCUUAAAAUGGGAGCAAGAAACCUUGAAGCUAACGUUGAUUCAAAACUAGUGGCUGAACAAGUCAAUGGGCAUUACGACGCAAGAGGAGAGGCUAUGGCAUUAUAUCUAGAACAAGCGCGGAUGUUGAUCAGUCAAUUCCAAACAUUUAAGGUCAAUCAUAUAAACAGAAGCGAAAACAAACAUGCGGACGCACUAAGCAAAUUGGUCGCUACCAGCUUCAAGCACUUAGCAAAAGAGGUGCGUAUAGAGGUAUUGUCCAACCCCUCUGUUCCUCUCAAACAAGUUAACAUUAUAGAGAUCGGCAAUCCGUCCUGCAUGUCUCCGAUCAUCUUAUACUUACAACACGGAAAACUCCCGGAAGAAAAGGCGGAAGCCAGGAAAAUCCAGAAUAAAGCAAUAAACUACGAAAUGGCGGACGACAUUCUAUACAGAAAGUCGUUCAUGAGACCAUUACUACGAUGCGUCGACAAGACAGACGCACAAUACCUGGUCAGAGAAAUCCAUGAAGGCUUGUGCGGGAUACACGCCGGACCGCGCAUGGUAGUAGCAAAAAUAAUGAGCGCAGGAUAUUAUUGGCCGGGAAUGCACAUAGACGCGGUAGAAAUACUACGGAAAUGCACAGCAUGCCAACGUCACGUGCCAAAGACGCUCCGGCCAAAGAAUCCACUAGUACCAGUUACGUCUGCCUGGCCAUUCCAACAAUGGGGCAUCGAUCUUGUUGGCCCAUUUCCUGACGCGCCAGGCGCAGUCAAAUUCAUCAUUGUAGCAGUCGACUACUUCACGAAGUGGGUUGAAGCUAAAGCCUUGGCCUCAACCACAGCAAUGGUAAUCCGCAAAUUUAUAUGGGAACAUAUCAUUUGCAGAUUUGGAUUGCCAUUGCGCAUCAUUUCCGACAACGGCACUAACUUUGCCUCAGAAGAUCUACAAAAAUGGUUCAAGGAAAUGAAGAUUGAGCACAACUUUGCCUCUGUGGCACCCACAAGCAAAUGGCCAAGUCGAAAGCAUCAACAAACAAAUAGUCGACGGCAUUAA